AUGCAUCACGCGUGGCACAUGCCCUACGGGUACACCCCCGCCGCGGUCUCUCGGCUCGCGUUCGCGCUCGCAACGAUGCCCGGACCGGCGACACCGAAGACGUCGCGCGGCGCGUGGAGCUACGAAGCCGCGAGAGCGGCGAGGGCGGCGACGGCGAACGCGGUGGCGUCGCUCGCGUCGAAAUUCUCCCGCGAUCGGUGGACGCGCGACCGCGCUGCGAUCGAAGACCUCGCGCUUCUCGCGUGGUCGUUCGCGGAGUUGCCGCGCGUCCUCGAGGACGAGCACGUCGGGCAUUUCCGCGCGCCGUGCCGCGACGCACUAAAGGCACUCUCGAAGCCGAUCAUCGCGCGCGCUGAAGCGUUCAACGCCGGCGAAGCAUACGCGACGAUCGCGUCAUACGAACGGUGCUACGACGACAUCAGCGACCUGAAGCAUUUCCCGACGCGCGAUGACGAGACUGAGACGCAUACGUCCGCGUUCGCGGGUCGGACAAAGGACGAUGACGACGGCGCUGCGCGGCGGCGCGCGGUGAGCAUCUCCGAGCGCGUCGUCGCGGAUGAGAGGAAGGUGACGCGCGACGUCGUCGCCGCGCUCGCACCUGUCGCGCUCGCGAAGAGCGACGACCUUGACACAGAUAUGCUUUCCGCCAUCGCAGACGCGUGCGCGCGGUUCAAGGUGAGACGAGACUACUUUCCGUAUUGCCCCCUCGCGUUUUGAGCUUCAUUUCUGGAGAACUUUCUUCGUCCUAGGCGCGACUCCCCGGAGAGAAUGAGACGUGGACGUGGGUGGUCGUGCUGGAAAAACGCGAGCGCGACGACGCGAAGAAGAAGUCAGAGUCGGAGUCAGACGCCGCCGCAUCGAAAGCGAAAGUGGACGCGGACGCGGACGCGGAAGCGAGUUGGCAGCAGUACCUCCAGCGGGUCAUCCCGACGUGGAAAGGCUCUCCGGUGUGACGACCGGCGUGAUGAUGUAAACGAUGGUCCUGAAGGCACGACGACGAUGACGAGACGACGCGGGAAAGUAAAGAAGGAACGAGGACGCGAGAAGAUCACAGAUCAAGGAGCACGAGGGAGGGCUACGAAGGGCAGUCUCAUCGAUUCGACUC